AUGGCUACCAACCAUUCAAAUAGCCAAUCAGAAGUCAGUUUGGCCGAGUGGUUAAGGCGAUUGACUAGAAAUCAAUUCCGUUCGCGGGCAGAGGUUCGAAUCCUCUAG